UGGUGAUCCCGUGGUAGAUAAAACAGGUCCCCUGAUCGAAGAAUACAAAGCUCCUAAAGUAGUUUCAAGCGAAUUAUCAGAACCAUUUGCUUCUAAUGAUAAUGUUCGUGGUUCCAAAAGAACUGUCCAUAAAAAAAUUUUCCGUGGAAUAGAAGUUGCAUGUAAAAAAUUUCAACCUACUAAAGUUACCGAUCCCGGACAAGCAAAGGGCGAUGCAAAAGUUACUGAUAGAUUUGAGCCUAAAAUUUCAAAUUUCGAACUCAGUCGUUCUAUACAUGCUUGGGAAGAUGAACCUUCUGCACGUCCUUCGGACAUGGAAAUGCAACAAAAACUUAAAGAUCUUUUUAAUGAACAUGUAUUUUCUAAAGGAAUUUCCCCUCAAAUAAAUCCAAAAAGAAUCGACUCUGGUGAUAUUACAGGUUUAGAACUUCCAAGAAGUUUUCAAGAAAAAGUUUGCAUUACCGAUUCUCAAGAAUCUAUUGAACAAUUUGAAACUCCUGAUGAAUGCGAUG